CCAGAACACAGACACACGACACACAUUUUAACUUUUGAUGAAUAAAUGCUAGUAAACAACUCCAUUCUUAAAAUUGACAUUUCUUUUUCACAAUCAUCUCCAUCAAUAAGUAACGAAGCGUCAAGAAAAGAUUCAUCUAGGAAGAAUAAACCAUCUAACUAAUUUAUUCGCCACCAAGGAAAUCAAUAAAGCAAAAGCAAUAGUUUGGUUUCAAGAAAAGACAGAACAACCCUUGUACGUCAUAAGUGAUACAUAACAUGCGCGGCUCAGGAAAAGGGACUGCAAAGGAUUCAGAAGAGUACGAGGAUCAUUUUCUGCAUCAAACUAUUGGCGCUCCUCGCAUUCGGUCGCAUACAGCUCGAUAUGGUCAUCACAAGGUUAUGCGCCAUCAUCAUCUAGCCUCCUCGAGCAGCGGUGGCGGCUCUGCUUUGCCUACCACAUCCACUGCAGAUGCCCCCGGUGCGGCGGGGACGACUGCCUCAUCUGUCUCUGCCUAUCUGGAGCAUCUCCCUUCACUCAAUCUUAAUGCCACACCACCACCCCGGCCUCCUCGGCCUCCUGGUGGUCUUCUUGGCAUCAGUAAUGGGCGCGGGAUAGGAUACGGUAGAAGUCUCGGCAGCAGCAACUAUGAUAGUCCGUUAACCAUCCAUGGCUCUUUUGACGGCCAUGUACGCAGCGAGGCUAAUCUCUAUGGGGGCAAGAACCAAAGUUCAGGAUUAUUGCCUGUGAAAUCCUUAAGUGGUGGUGCAGGAAGCGGCAAUCAUCAUCGACCAUCUACAUCCAUUUUUCCGAUCCAAAAAGCUCUUGAGAUCGCCAUGAAAGAGUCCAGGUUGCUUGCAGCAGCAUCCUCACGAGGCGGAGCAGGAUCCGCUGGAACGGGUAUGAUCACGGGUACAACAUUUGUGAGAGAAUUGAGAAGAGCGAGACAUGCUAGGGGGGCCAUCAUCACAGAGCAUGGCCCUACUCCUGACAUUUCUCUGGAUGAGGACGAGGACGAGGACACCACUCCCACAGAUGCAGAUGUAGAGCUAGAUUUUGAUAUCGAAUCAAGAUUGAGAAUUCACGGAUCGUUACCAUCAUCAUCGUCACAAUCAUCGCAAUCAUUUUCUACAGGCAUGGAUACAUUUCAAUCAAGGACAACAACAUCAACAACUCGUUUUAAUAGCUUGAAGACUCACAACACUACAGACCGUGAAUAUGGUGACAUUAGAAUUCAGCGGCCAGCCAUAACUGCAUUUGAGUCAAAGGCAGGUUAUCCAGGCAUUGCGUAUCUACCUCACACGUCCUCAUCGCAUGCAGGUAUUAUGUCGCUGAGAACCCCCGGAUCACUUAGAAAUGUGCCAUCUACGAAAUCAUGGGGUCACAUCUCGUCAUCCUCUGGAUCGGCAUUAAUAUCUACAUCUGCAUCCAACACAUUUGCACCUGUGUCCAUAUCGUCCUCAUCUUCAUCAUCAAUUCCAUAUAGUGAAAAGUCAUUGGAGUUGUUCGUCAUCUCUUCAACCUCUUCAACAAGUACACCAUACCAAUCUCACUGCUCGCCUGUCUUACCUUCCUCUUCUUCUUCUACAUUUGCAUCAUCAACGUCGUCAUCGUUAUCAUCUUCCUCUCGAUCUGAAUCAGCUGUCCAUGCUGUGCGUGAGCUGCUAGAUUCAUAUCCUGCGCCGUCGCCCUAUUGCGUUGAUGACAAGAAGCGAUCACCUCUGCACUUUGCGGCAGCCGCAGGAGAUUUGGAACUUGUAGAGUACCUAUUGGAGCGAGGUGUGCGCCCUGAUUGUGGUCGUGAUAUUGCGGGCAAUAUGCCUUUGCAUCUUGCCAUUAUAUCAAAUAAGAUUGAUGUUGUGGCUGCACUUCUCAGAGCUGGAGCGGAUAUGACCCUUGCAUCACCUAUGACACACAAGACUCCAUUAGACCUUGCAGAAUCAAGACUAAGUUAUUUAUUGUCGUGUGCACAAGAGAGUGUCAAGCAGUCACAAGAACAAUCAUCAUCACCAUUGGACCUCCACAACAAUCAGAUCGCUACGCGAUCCACAUUUCGUCAUCCUUCUUCGUCGUCCCCUUCACAGUCCCAGGCAUUGCUGCGACAGAUCCGUGAUAUUGUCAAUUUGCUUCGACCGUAUGUGGUCCGUCAACAGAAGAUGCAACACAGUGAACAAGGGAAAGAGCGGCAGAAGGAGCGCUCCUGGGAAAGAGCAGAUAAAUAUAUGAGACAACACGAGUACCUUAAUCAGGAGAGUAAUUCCUCCGGUGGAAGUGGCCUCUGGAGAGUCGACCCCCACUCUGAUGACAAUUUUGGAGAUAUGGAGGAUGAAGAUGAAGACGAUGAUGACGAGGGGGAUGAUGAUCGGAUGGAUAUGGGCGAACGAAGACAGCGGUCAUCGACUAUGAACCCAAGGGGUGGCGCAGCUGCCCGGAAACAGCUAUCAACAAGAGUAGAUGUGGAUGGAGAUGUGGAUUUCGAUGAUGACUCGAAUGAUGCUCAGCGGUCGUCCUAUCCUGGGUCUGGAAAGAUGAAACGUCUGAAUAACAGGCGGUUACCAAAAAGAAUGGAUGCAAACGAGACCGAAGAAGCAUUAGAGAACCUGAUGAAUGGCUUGUCGUUGCUGGAAGCCAAUCGAAAGCAAAUUGAACAACAGCAGCAUCAACAGCACCAACAUCAUGGAAAUUCAGCCCAAAUGUUAGUGCAAGGCGGAGUCUCAGAUAGUACAGAUGGCAACUUGGCGGACAGUGAACUGGAUCCUCGUAGUGAACAAGAGGUGGAUGAGGCAUUGCCGGACCUAUUGGAACAGGUGCAACAGGUUCUAGAGGCUAUUAAACUUAACGAGAAUACAGGAUCAUGACAUAGAGUUCUGUCUCUCUCGCUCUCUCGCUUUUUUUUAUAAGCAAAAUAAAAAGUCAUGUGAGG